GCGGCGCGGCCAGCCGGUGCCCAGGGAUGUUCGGCCGGAGUCGGGGGCGGCCCGGGGCCUCGGGGGGGCUGGGGCGGCUCCUCCCGCUGCUGCUGCUGCUCGGGGGCGCCGCGGGCCGGAUCCACCGCCUGGUGCUGACGGGCGAGAAGAGGGCUGACAUCCAUUUGAACACCUUCGGCUUCUACGCGAAUGGCUCCCUGGAGGUGAACGUGAGCCGGCUGCAUCUCGGCCUUGUCAGCGCCAAGCAGGACAAGCCUUGGGUUGGCUUCAGCUUGUCCAGGACGAGGAUUCGCGAGGCCCUCUCGUACCCAUUUUCCUCUCUGCAGGGGAAGGAAUCUCAUAACUGCACCUUGGAACAAAACGGAGCGGAGUCGCGAAUCCUCUUCCUCAUUGACGUCAAACAGAACAAGGUUCAAGUGCGGAAGCUGGGAGAGCAGAAGAAGCUGCAGAUUUAUGCCGGUCUGCUCCCUGAGGUGCAGAAUGGGGGCUCGGAUCCGAAACCAGCCGACGAUAGCAAGGACCAGGCUGCUGCCAAUAAAGGCACAGAAGGACAGCCGGAAGCGCCUGGUAAAGCGCCUGAUGCGGACAACGCCCAGAAGAAGACAGAAGGCGAAGCCAAGCAGCCGGAUUCCAGCCACAGAGGGGAAGAUCUGGUCCUAGAUCUAGGGAACGUGAACGACUCCUACAACUUCAGCUUCCACGUAGUGAUCGGCUCGGAGGCGGAAGGUCUGUACAACCUCAACUUUCACAACUGCCACAACAGAGCCCCGGCAAACCAGAUGCCUUACGACAUCACCGUGAUGAUCCGAGAGAAGAACCCGGAUGGGUACCUGUCGGCUGCCGAGAUCCCCCUCAUCAAACUCUACCUGGUCAUGUCCGCCUGCUUCCUGGCCGCGGCCACCGUCUGGGUCUACUUCCUCUGCCAGCACAAGUUCAGCGUGUUCAAAAUCCACUGGCUCAUGGCUGCCUUAGCGUAUACCAAGGCCCUUUCUCUCCUCUUUCACAGCAUCAACUACUAUUUCAUUAACACCGAGGGUCACCCGAUCGAGAGCUUAGCCGUCAUGUACUUCGUGACCCACCUGCUGAAGGGCGCCUUGCUCUUCAUCACCAUUGCGCUGAUCGGGACAGGCUGGGCCUUCAUCAAGUACAUCCUGUCGGACAAAGAGAAGAAGCUCUUCGUGAUCGUCAUCCCCCUGCAGGUGCUGGCAAAUGUCGCUUACAUUAUCAUCGAGUCCUCGGAGGAGGGCAGCAGUGACUACGCCUCCUGGAAGCAGAUCCUCUUCCUCGUGGACCUGCUCUGCUGCGGGGCCAUCCUCUUCCCCGUGGUGUGGUCCAUCCGCCACCUCCAGGAGGCCUCCAGCACAGACGGCAAAGCUGCCACAAACCUGGCGAAACUGAAGCUUUUCAGACAUUACUACGUCAUGGUCGUGUGUUACAUUUACUUCUCCCGUGUCAUUGCCAUCCUGCUCAAAUUCACCGUCCCCUUCCAGUGGCAGUGGCUCUACGAGCUCCUGGUUGAAGUAUCCACCUUGGUUUUCUUCAUCCUAACGGGAUACAAGUUCCGCCCGGCUUCGAACAACCCUUAUCUACAGCUGCCCCAAGAGGACGAGGAGGAGGAGGAGGAACUGCAGAUGAAUCAGGUGAUCACAGAAGCCGGCGUCCAUGAGGGUCUCUCUAAGCUGAAGAAGAGCAGGGCUGCCCGCGAGGCGGUGUGAGGCCUAUCCGCCCAGACUGUCGCUAGUGCCCGGACCGUGGGGAGGCCACCGGGUCCGAGCCUGCGGCCCAGCCGAAGAUUCCCAAGCAGGAUAGAGAAAUCGGGGGUUUUGUGUUGAAUUCCUGCCUCUCUGCUCCCCUGCCCCACCUUGUGGCAGUGCUAAGAACUGCAUGGCCCUGUGCAAUUCCAGCAGCUGUUCCCAGAACCAGGCCUGUUCUCCAGACUGCAGGAAGUUCAGACGAACUCCGGAUGGCUGAGGGCUGCUGUCUCUUGUACGGGGCGGGGGGUGGGGACUUUAGCCAAGCUCUGCCCUUCUCCUUCAAGAGUGGUUUCCAGACCCACUUCCUGAUCCAUGCAUCCCUGCUGCUAGUUUAGAUGCAUCCGCCACCUGUAGCCCCCACCCUCACCAGCUCUCCUACCGCCUUCUCCUUCACUCCAUUGACUAGCUGGGGCCGACCAGCCUGCCUAGCAAAGGUGGAGCUGGCGUUAAGCACCAACAUCUGGCUGGGGUCAGAGAGGUCCUGUACCACUGGGGUGAGUCGAUAGAUCAUUCCCAGGCAGAGGAGAAAUAAGUAGCAAUCUUCAGCUGAGACUAAGAGCUCACCAGCCCCACUGUUGCUGGUGGUGUUGAGCAACAGGCCAGGAUCUAGACAACAUCUGAGCAGUGAAGCUUGGCUCACGUUCAUCUGGAUCUCGGUGGCACCCCGAAAGGUGUGGUACCCUUUACCUGUGGGCCAUGGUUUUCACUCUAGCAUUAGUGGGGCCUCCUUCCUGGGAGAAGCAGUUUUUCAGGGGCAUGCUGCCCCGGGCUUCUUGCUAGACCCUGUCAGGUGGUAGGUUCAGGUGUGAUGCUAGCACCAACUGGGACCUCAAGGCUUGCGUCUUGGUUGCCUCUCUGUGACUUGCCUCCCGCCUCUGUCUGCUCUGCCCAUCUCCCCGGGAGCUGGCUUCGUUCCUGCAGGCUCGGCUCCUGCCCUUGGUUACCUGUGCAGCUCUGUGGGACCUGGGGUUUAGCCUUUAAAGGGAGUGAGCUGGGCUCUUGCCUGCGCCACGGGGACUGAAGGAGGAGAGAACCCGGCUUAAUUUAGCUCCCUGUGAGCUGGGGCAACCAACCUGCUCCUCCAGUGGAACAAGCCUCUUUAAGCCUAGAGACAGGGUAGGUGGGACCCGCUGGUGCAGGAGGCCUGUAUCCCUGCUGCGAUCAGCUCAGCACCCCUGAAACAGCAGGUCCUUAGCUGCUGAGCACCAGUCUAAAGGCAGGAGCUAACAGUGUGAGGCCAGGAAUGAUUUUGGGACCAGGCCCCUGCUUGUGACACUAGCGGAGUUCAGGACGGGGUAGAAUAGCCAGUGUCCUGAUCUUAAAUGCAUUCAUACAACCUGCUCAGUGGCUGCAAUGUGGGGGAGGAGACCUCCCCACAAGGGAGAUCCUACGGCCGGGAUGGGGGAGGGUGACACCACCCUCUCUCUGGCUGCCUCUGUUGCUCUACUGAAUAACUCUGCCCUUGGUUGUGAUGCCCUUGUAAGUGGGGGCUCAGCCCCUCCCCCCCCCCCAUGCACCUAUUCAUUUAAGUUCCUCAUUAUUACUGGGAAUGGUGAUUAUCACACUCUUACGCCUGGGUGGAUCCCCCAUUGUCUCAGCAGGGUUGGGUCACCAUGCCCAUGUUGAAAGGAGUUCCUUGGCUUAAUUGUAACUCUCUGCCCAGCCUGGCGCGGGAGGUCUCUGGC